AUUUAUUUAAAAUUCAUCAAAUAGUUUCAUUCAUUCACAAAAACGUAAAGCAACAAAUAAUAAAAACAAAAUUAAACAAAUAGUACAAUCACAAGUGUUCCGAAACCCUUUCCCAUCAUAAGCAUGAAAUAUUUUGUAUUUGGCACUGUGCUGCUGGUAUGUCUGGGGAGUUGUUUAACGGCAGACAUACUAAUGGUUACGAUGGGUGGCACAAAAUCACAUAAAAUUCCCUUUUGGGAAUUAGCAAAAGGUUUAAUACACAGAGGUCACAACAUAACAUUUCUAAAUGGUUUUCCCUCCGAUUUCCACGUUAACGGUCUGCAUGAGGUCACACCAGCCGGUCUAGUUGAAUACAUACAAAACUAUACGAAUUGGGAUCUGCUGGGAGCACGAAUGUCAGGUGAAAUGCCAAUUUCUGUAUGGGAUGGUGUCCGUUAUGCUUUCGAGUCAUGCGAUGCUAUGCUGGAAGAUGCUGAAACACAGGCAUUAUUAAAUCGUAAUUUCGAUUUGGCCAUAUUGGAUGGUGCAUUUCCGGAAUGUGCUCUGGGCAUGGUGUAUCAAUAUAAAAUACCCUUUAUGUAUAUAAAUACGGUGGGUUUUUAUACUGGCAGCUUAGCAAAGUCAGGCAAUCCUGGUUCUUUUGCUGUAACACCAAAUUUCUAUACAGGUUUCACCGACAACAUGAAUUUGCUGGACAGAGCCAUGAAUACAGCUGCUCAGCUAUUCUCUGAUAUGAUGCAUAAGAUUGUUAUGGCUUUUGUGUAUCGCGUUAUGCGACAACGUUUUGGCUCCCACAUGCCUCAUCCUUAUGAAAUCUCCAAAAAUGUUAGUUUCAUUUUACAAAAUGGUCAUGCCGUUGUCUCCUAUCCACGUGCUUUGAAUCCCAAUGUUGCUGAAGUGGCCUGCAUACACUGUAAGCCCGCCAAACCUUUGCCCAAAGAUUUGGAAGAAUUUAUUGCCUCCUCUGGCGAAUCAGGUUUCAUUUAUGUCUCUAUGGGCUCUUCAGUGAAAGCAGCCAAUAUGCCCCUGACCUUGAGACGUUUAUUAGUGCAAACUUUUGCCCGUUUGCCUUAUCAUGUUCUGUGGAAAUACGAAGGAAAUGCUGCUGACAUUGAGGGUCUUACUGAGAAUGUAAAAUUGAGCCGCUGGUUACCUCAACAGGACAUUUUAGGUCAUCAUAAAUUGAGAGCAUUUGUUACUCAUGGUGGUUUGUUGAGCAUGUACGAAACUGUAUUCCAUGGAGUUCCGGUGGUAACUAUGCCAGUGUUUUGUGAUCACGAUGUUAAUUCAGCGAAAGCAGAAGUGGAUGGUUAUGCUAUAAAAUUGGAUUUGGCAACGCUGAGUGCGCCCCAGUUGUACAAGUCCAUAAUGAAAGUUAUACACGAUCCACAGUAUAGAAAUGCGGCCAGAUUCCGCCAACGUUUAUUAUUGGAUCAACGUACAACACCAUUGGAAACAUCAAUAUAUUGGACUGAAUAUGUUUUGCGCCACAAAGGAGCUUAUCAUUUACAAUCUCCAGCACGUAAUCUAAGUUGGCUCCAAUACUAUCUGAUUGAUGUUGCAGCUUUAUAUGCUGCCGCCUUCUAUCUAAUUUAUUUCUUAAUGAAACGUGUCUUUGGUCGUUUCGAUGUGAUACGCAGUCUACAUACCCCCACAAAAGCUAAAAGGAUGUAAAUAAUUGAGUUUUUUUUUACAAUUAUUAGUGUAAUUUGCUUUAGCUUAAUUUAAUUUAAGAAAUAUAUAUUGUAUUUUUUAAUUUUCUUUUAUAAAUAAUUUAGGUUUAUUUAUAAUUUCAUUUAGCUUAAAUGGGUGAUAUUGUUGUCUCAAAUACUAUUUUAUAUGUAUGAAUAUUUUUUUUA